AUGAUCACCACCAACGACCACUCCCUCUCGCUCUCCCCACCCACCACCCCGCCCCACAGGAACACUGCCGCCCUCCCCCAGCCGCAACAGCCCCACCCGCUCCGAUCUGCCUCAGCCUGCACACCAUCCCCAUCAAACCACAACACCCCCCUCUCUCAACGCUAUCGAUCCAUCGCACGCCUCUCCCAACCAGACCGGCCAGCACCAUCCAGGAGCGGAUCACGAAACGACAUCUUCGCCCUCUCGCUCCCUCAGCCAACUCUCCCCCUGCCAGCAACCCAGAAACCUAGCAGCCAUCCUCAUCACCACGAACCCACCCAUGACGACCGCAAGCCAUCCGCCUACGACCAACGCGAUCUCACCCGACUUAAGACCUCACUCCAUCUACGUAUCAACACCAGUCCAUCUGCAAUCCUCGGCCAAGGAACUCAUGCCACCGUCCACCUAGCACUCCUCAGCAUCCCACCAGCAGAUACCCAGACCGACCAUCCCAAACCCUCGAAACUUUGUGCUGCUAAACUCUCGGAGGACAUCGCUGGGAGUAUCAAAGAAACACUGGUCCUAGAGCGAUUACGAGAUCCUGAACGAUCCCAAUCAACCCUCCCUGACAGUCAAGCCAACGGCUCCCGGUUCAUCCUGGGCUGGUUCGGGCUGAAGGACCACGAAGAGUGCGAAUGGAUCAGAAGCCCUGGCCAGGAUGCCAAACAUCGAAAACAGAGCUCCAACCACUCCUUCCUCCCACCCAUCGUCCUUGCACUCGAGUACUGUGCCGGCGGCGAUCUCUUCAAGUUCGUCCAAAGGGCCGCCAACCUGCGUCCCCAAGAUAGCAGCCACAAAUCACUCGAGCUCGGCAGCCAGCGCUGGCUCAGGUGGUCCCAAGAACUAGCUCAAGCCUUGGCCUGGUGCAAACAACGCAACGUACUCAUAGGCGACCUCAAACCUCAGAACGUUCUGUUAACCGGCGAUCUACGCAUCAAACUAUCCGACUUCAAUCGUUCCACGAUUCUGUCAGUCGAGCAAACCAAAGACGGCCUCGGACUAAUCGACCCCCAAGGCACCGGCACCUCAGUCUAUGCCGCCCCAGAGCUCGUCCAACCUCCACCCUCACCAUGCUCCUUCCCAGCCGAUAUCUUUGCACUCGGCGUGACCAUGUACUUUCUACUCACCGGUCGGGAACCAUACCGAGGCGUUCAGAGUGCAGUCGAACGGAUGCUAUUGAUCAGUCGGGGUGCGUUCUGGGAACACGAACUGGGAAUCCGAUGGCGGAUGUUGGAAGAGGUCCAAUCGGCGCCCAUGACUAGAGGCCCAUCAUCAUCAUCAUCAAAAUACCCUCAACCCCUCUCCCGCUCCACCUCAACCGACUCCCAUCCAUCAUCGCAGUCGACUCUCUUGCUUGUCUCCCACAAGACCAUCGACGCACUCUAUCAAUUCAAACCUGAGCCUGAAUCCAACCUGCGAAAUCCGACCCUUGAGCAUGAGGAAACACAUCCAGCUCGAGACGGCGAGACCCGGAUCGGCUUCUACAGCGAUGGAAGUCCCAAGAUUCGUUAUCUCAAUGGCAACGAAAUCGUCGAUGAACGAAUCAUGAAACUGAUCGCCAAGAUGUGCUCUCCAGCCGCUGCCGACCGACCGCAAAUCGAGCAAGUGCUCGAACAGCUAAGAUCCUUCUGA